AGCACCGCAGAGUGCCGGUCGAAACUAGAAACGGUUGAGUAUUACACCGAUUGCUUCGAAAGUAGAUUGUUUUUCGGGGCAGACACUCCGCCCUUACGGAUAUUUUCAUUGAAUUCAAACUGUAACGUGUAUACUUCUUGAUUCGAAUUUGAUCAGCUGUCCAGUGUGAAUAAUAUUGGUAUAAAUAGAAGUGACGCGAUACGGUCUUCUUUAUUUGGGCGUUCUGGUGCAGUAGUUCAAAUGGUCCAGUAAACGUUUCAUUACCUAAACAACGCACCGAAUACGUUAGAAAUGUGUACAACUUUGAUGCACAUCGGACAAUUUUUUUCCAGUACAAAGAAGGAGAAGCCGAACGGCGAGGUGACGAAAUCGACGCCGAAGCGAAGUCAGAAAGUGGCGGACUCGCAGGUGGUUGCCGUCAUCGAUUCGACGAGAACAGAGGAAAACGGUUUGAUCAACCGGGACGAGAAGCUGAACGGUGAUUUGCAAAGAUUCGAGAAAGUUUCUCCAUCGAUGGAAAAUAGUUCCACCGAAGUAGUUGACGAUUUGACUGUCAAGAGUCCGUUGCCCUCCGGUAAACGCGACGAAGUAAACGAUAACUCUCGAUCAAAGAAGGAAUCGAUAGGGAAAUCGAACGGGAAAGAGGUUGACGAUGGUAUCGAAAAUGCGGUCGAUCGAACGAAAGAGGGAAAGGAAGAGGCAAAUGGAACGAAGGAUUUAAAUGAAAAUGGAGGAACGAAUGAAGGUGAUAAUAUAAGUGCAAACGAUGAUAGCGGGGGUGGAUUGAUGAAGGUGAUAUUGAAUUCUGGCCUUCCUAGCACCGUUAAAACGAAUCUUUACAACUCUUCUGCGUAUAUCGAAAGAACGAUCGAUGACGGGCCAGAGGACGAAGGCGACGAUUCUGUUUUCGAGGCUUGUCCGAACGAUACCAAUUCAGAUAAAAAGAUUCCGACAGUUUCGUCCGAUCCUCGCUGGCUAUCGGAGGAUGAAGAUGGUGAACAUGAUUCGGAAGAAUGCAGCGGAAUGCAGGAACCACCGGCGACCCCGGUUGCUCGCGAUGAAUUAGCUUUAAGACGUCACAGAUUCUUCUCCGAUUUAUUACAUGCCGCACAAAAUGCGUCGGAGCACAGAGUGAGGUUUGAUCCUCUAGGACCGAUGGUACACACCGGCUGUGAAGGUAACGACAAAGAGGAUCACUUGGAAGAACUGGUAAAUAGAUUGGAGAGCGUUACUAAAAGAUUGGAGAACGUAAGAGGACAGCCUGUAACUGAAACUCAGGACUCCGCUGCUCAAACAAAUACACCAUCGCCAAAGAGGUCUCAGCCAGUGAAAAACAGUGAAUCGGUACAGCUUUCUUCACCUGUCCGUUCAACAAACCAAGUUAUCAGUAUGUCAGUCGCAGGCUAUGAAGAUCUUUUAGCUGGUCCUGUAAACGAAUAUUUGCAAUUGAGUGCAAAGAUUGGCGGAGAUGUAGCUACUCAUAGUAAGCUUGUAGAAAAAGCAUUUCAAAUUCAGCUUGAAUUUAUUCGAACUGCGGCUACUCGUCCAGCCCCAACAAAUCAAACAGAACAGGUCGGUCUUCUUGGACCUACUUCUACACAAAUUCAACAGAUUCAAGAGUUUCGUGAAAAGAAUAGAGGCUCUCAGUUUUUCAACCAUUUGUCAGCGAUAAGUGAGAGUAUUCCAGCUUUAGGAUGGGUUGCUGUCUCGCCUACGCCAGCACCUUAUGUAAAAGAAAUGAACGAUGCUGGACAGUUUUAUACCAAUCGGGUGUUAAAAGAUUGGAAAGAAAAAGAUAAAGUACAUGUCGAAUGGUGCAAGGCUUGGGUACAAACGCUAAGUGAUCUUCAACAGUAUGUACGUCAGCAUCACACAACAGGACUAGUGUGGGCAAAAACUGGCUCUGCACCAGUAGGCAUACCACCACCACCACCACCAUGUAUGCCCAUGGCUGAUGUCGCGCCAGCCAAUAUCGCCGAUGAUAGAAGUGCUCUUUUCGCCGAAAUCAAUCAGGGAGAAGCUAUUACAAAGAAUUUAAAGAAAGUAACAUCUGAUAUGCAGACGCAUAAAAAUCCUUCUUUGAGGACUGGUCCGGCACCAUUUAAAGCACCAUUAGUUGGUAAUUCUAUACCAACAAAAAUCGUACCGCCUGCAAAUGCGCCAAUUGACAAACCACCAGUAUUUACUAGGGAUGGAAAGAAAUGGCUCGUGGAAUAUCAUAAAGGCAACAAAGAUCUGCUGAUUGAUAAUGUAGAAAUGAACAACGUGAUUUACAUGUUCCGAUGUCAAGACAGUACUUUAGUUAUCAAAGGCAAAGUUAACUCCAUUGUCAUGGAUUCGUGUCGUAAGUCGUCUGUGGUAUUCGAUUCUCUUGUGUCGAGCAUCGAAUUUGUCAACUGCCAGAGCGUACAAAUGCAGGUACUUGGAAAAGUCCCCACUAUAUCCAUCGAUAAAACAGACGGUUGUCAAAUGUACUUGAGCUCGGAAUCAAUGAACGUGGAAUUCAUCAGCAGCAAAUCCAGCGAGAUGAACGUGAUGAUACCCCAAGGAAAUGGAGAUUAUGCGGAGUAUCCCAUACCAGAACAAUUCAAAACCACCAUCAGUCCAAAGGGUCUCAGCACGAUCGCGGUCGAUUCAUUGGGUUAAAAGAAAUUGGCGAUUCGAUUAACUCUUAUAGCAUAAGCUAAACGUCUGUCUAAAGAGUACAGCUCAUUAGGGUAUCAUCUUCAGAGGAAUCACCGAUUUAUUAUUUAUUGCUUCUUCGAUUAAUUUAAGAAGUAGGAGAGAUAGGAAGGAAGCUAGAGAAUGGGUACGGGAGUUUCAUUUUCGAAAUCGUAGAAUUCAACUAGAUAAUUCGAUUAAAUGAUGUUUUCAAACAGUUCUCUAUCCGUUUCAAUGGUGUUAAAGGCAUUUCACGAAGAUUAUAGAUUCUCUUUAAAUAGAAAUUUCGAUUCAAGUUAAAACCGUGUUCGGUUGAACGAGUCUUGUCAAAUUUAUGUUAGUUAUGGGGUGAUGGUAAUGCAGAUCGUGCGUCGGUAUUAUCCCCUCUGUCGGUAAAGGCGCGCUCCUUUUAUCUUCACCUCACUACGCGCAUACAUGCAGAUAUUCGAUUAAAACCGAAUAUGUUGUUUGUAAUAUAGAGUUAAUUAAAGAAAUUUCUAAUUAUUCUGUGAUUCGUUUGCCAAAAGGUGGUAAUGUUAAAUAGAAUCAAUAAUCUUCACGAAAUUGUUAUCACACGCACGUUGGUGCUGAAAUAAGGAGACUGUACGUCGGAUCGUAAUAUUAGGGUAUGGACAAAAGUUUUUCUAAUCCGCGAAUCGGACUUUUAUACAUUUACACCACUUUUUUAUCGCGUUCGAACUUUUGUCCAUAUCGAAUCCGUCAAGAUUUCAGUCGUCCCGAUAAAAGGAAUUGCCACCCAGUGUUUCCAGUGCGAGAAGAGCAUCAAGCGAUUUAUAUGCUAUAUCUAAAAAGUAUUUCCUCAGUGUUAGUUCUUUUUUAUAUUCUUCUAACUAAUAUUCUUUAGAAUAUUAAUCGGAUUUUCAUUUCACCUAGUGCGUUCUUUGCGAUUAAUGAUUUUUAUGAUAGAUUUUUUUUAAAUCUAUGAAAUACUCUUACCUGUAAGAUUAAAGAAUCUCUAACCAGUACAGAAGCUGUUAUACCUGUCCUUUUAGAAAUUUUAAUGUAGGAGAGCUGAAUUAUUAACACGAAACGUAUCUGGGUAAAUACUUUUCAGUUGUGGCGUAUAUCCGUGAAAAUGAAAAUCAGGAAGCAUUCAUGAGUAAUUUAUAAAGUAUUAGGAACGUCAUAUCAAUAGUUUGAUAUAUUACCUUCUAGACUUUUGCAGUAAAUAUUUAUCUCUCUCAUUUCCUAGCUGUUCUUUAUUUAUUUCAUCGAAUUGCUUCGUGUUUGCAGAUUUUCAAAGUUCGAUCAUUUGUUCGAGGAGUCUUCCGAAUUGAUAAAUGUUCACGACAUGUAAAUAGAGUGAAAUUUAUUUAAUGACUAAUAUUCGAUCGAACGCGAGCGCAUGUUUGAAGAAUUUUCGAGAAUUUUUUUCAUACGUUCUUAGUGGGAUAACGCGUGAAUGCAAAAUAAUCAAAAUGAUUGUGCAAAAGUCUUGAUGGUGUUAAUCGUUUGAGAGAUGAAUAAGAAGAAAACAUAAACAGCUUGAACAAAUAAAAAGGCAUGAUAAACGUGAUUUAAUUAAACUUUCAAAAGCUGUGCGGUUUGAACGUGACGUAAAUUUACAUUGUGAUUUUUACCGUUCGGUACAUUGUGCUAAUCGUAGGUAUAAUCUAAUAUUAGAGUUACACUUAAAGGCACGAUCUAGAAUGACAGAAGAUCAUUUAGACUAAUUAAUGAAUUCAGCAGUUUGAUCCUUUUCACGUGGGAAAGAGAUACGAGAACAACAAAUACGAUUUUUCUAUAAUGGUACUAAUGAGCUUUGAUUACAGAGUGGUGAUUUAAUUUGUGACUGAGAUUAUUGUUUAAUCAUUAAGGAUCGUACUGCCGUUAACGGAGUAGUAUCUAACAUUCUUCGUUUUAAUAAUCGAUAGAGUAUUAUUAUCGAGAAUAAUUAAUAUUUAUUUCUGAAUAUGAUUUUCAGUGCUAUUUCUAAUUGUCCUAAUAAAACAAAUUAAUAUACCAUUUAAA